GAUCCGAGAGGAUGAUGGCGACAGCAGCGGCGGCGGCAGCGGUGGCGGCGGCGGCGGCUGUGGCUACGACAGGGAUACGGUCCGCAGAGCCGCCGAGACGCCGAAGAGCCAGCCGCCCGCUCGAGUUGUAGACGGGGCACUGCCUGCAGAGCAGGUCCUGCCAGCUUCGCUGGAGAGGAUGCCCCCAUGUCCGUGAUGGGCUGUGGGACAAGCAAGGUCCUUCCUGAGCCGCCCAAGGAUGUCCAGCUGGAUCUGGUCAAGAAGGUGGAACCCUUCAGUGGCACCAAGAAUGAUGUGUACAAGCACUUCAUCACAGAGGUGGACAGUGUUGGCCCUCUCAAGGCUGGGUUUCCAGCUGCCAGUCAAUAUGCACCCCCUGGCACUGGUGCCCCAACUACGGGCCACACAGAGCCUCCCUCAGAACCACCGCGAAGGGCCAGGGUGGCAAAGUACAGGGCCAAGUUUGACCCACGUGUGACAGCUAAGUAUGACAUCAAGGCUUUGAUUGGACGAGGCAGCUUUAGCCGAGUGGUACGUGUGGAACACCGGGCAACCCGUCAGCCAUAUGCCAUCAAGAUGAUUGAGACCAAAUACCGAGAGGGACGAGAGGUGUGUGAGUCUGAGCUUCGUGUGCUGCGCCGGGUGCGCCAUGCCAACAUCAUCCAGCUGGUGGAAGUGUUUGAAACACAGGAGCGUGUGUACAUGGUGAUGGAACUAGCCACUGGUGGUGAGCUCUUUGACCGCAUCAUUGCUAAGGGUUCCUUUACUGAGCGUGAUGCUACAAGGGUGCUACAGAUGGUGCUGGAUGGCGUCCGGUAUCUGCAUGCACUGGGCAUCACACACCGCGACCUCAAGCCUGAGAAUCUGCUCUAUUACCACCCAGGCACUGACUCUAAGAUCAUCAUCACUGACUUUGGCCUGGCCAGUGCCCGCAAGAAGGGUGAUGACUGCCUCAUGAAGACCACCUGUGGCACACCUGAGUACAUUGCUCCUGAAGUCCUGGUCCGCAAACCCUAUACCAACUCUGUGGACAUGUGGGCUCUGGGCGUCAUUGCCUAUAUCUUACUCAGUGGUACCAUGCCCUUUGAGGAUGACAACCGCACCCGGCUAUACCGGCAGAUCCUCAGGGGCAAGUACAGUUACUUGGGGGAGCCCUGGCCUAGUGUGUCCAACCUGGCCAAGGACUUCAUUGACCGCCUGCUGACUGUGGACCCUGGAGCCCGAAUGACUGCACUACAGGCCUUGAGGCACCCAUGGGUGGUGAGCAUGGCAGCUUCUUCGUCUAUGAAGAAUCUGCACCGCUCCAUCUCCCAGAACCUCCUCAAGCGUGCCUCCUCACGCUGCCAGAGCACCAAGUCUGCCCAGUCUACAAGAUCCAGCCGCUCUACACGCUCCAACAAGUCACGCCGCGUGCGUGAGCGUGAGCUGCGGGAGCUAAACCUGCGAUAUCAGCAGCAGUAUAAUGGCUGAGCCACCAGCUGCGGCACAGUCACCCUGUGGCCCCAGCUUAGCCGCACUCUGCUGUGCCAUCUGGGCCCAAUACUCUCUUUUGAAAUAGGCUUCAUGGCCACUAGUAUGCAGAGAAUACCUGACCCCAGUACCUUCUCCAUGCCUUCAGCAGCCCCUGUUCAAAUGGACCUGGGUUUGGUGUGAUGGAGUGGAGGUGGCCCAGGAGGCUGAGACCCCUUAUCCGGGAACCUGGCCUGGCACUGAUUCCCGUUUUGGUGGGAAGCUGCUCUGUAGAGUUGGGGGAAGGGACAGGUCCUAGCUUUCACUGUCUCCUUCAUCCUUUGGCUGUUCCUCAGACCAAAGGGGCUUGCAGUGCUGGGUAGUGUCCUAUGGCCCAGGACCUUUGGAACAGUUCUGGCACUCCUCUUUUAUCCACAGAGCAUUCCUCCCUAGCUCCUCUCAUUUUUUGGCAUUCUAAUCUGUAAGAUUAGGCUCCAAAUGGCAGGCCUAGCUUUGGUUUAGUACACUGCAGGCCCCAGGUGCCUUGACUGGACCAAGAGCUCCUGGUUAGAUCUAAGCCCGUGUCUCCCAUUGCAAAUCUGUCUUCCUUUGUGGUGCUGCCGGAGACCCUUCCUGGCCCCAACACUUGCCAGGACCUCUGGACGCAGUACGCUGGCGUGGACCUUAGCCCUGAUGGUGUAGGCUCACCUCAGCUCCAGCUGAGCUGACUGAGAGGGUUCCUAUUCACCACUCUCAGUUUCUCUGGAGAGACCUCCAUUGCCUCCCUCUCCUUCUUGGAUGCCCAUUUCAUUCUCCAGGUGCCUCCUUCCCAACUGUGGGGGUUAAAGGGAGCCCCAUUGCUGCUACCUGGGGGAUGGGGGCACCUGGGCCAAGGCAGAGGGUUCGCCUUAAGGAUCCCAUUGUCAGCUCUAGUGCCAUCCUUUGGUAUCCAUUGCCUCUUCGUUUCAGGGCCACCAUGCCCUCCUCUGCAGCUUCAUGAAGGCGCCAUCUAGUGUCUGGCCUGGGAAUAGGUAGCCAGAGGUGAGCAGUGGAUGUCCAUAUUGCAUACCCAGUCUUCCAAAAGGAAGUGAAAAGGAAGGAGCUGCUGCAUUGCAAGAGGGUCCUGGGCUGUUCAGCCCUCUUUCUCAGCUUUUGUGCACCUCACCCUGGAACUUAGCCAUACUGUGUGACCUGCCUCUGAACCCUGGGUGCCUGGGGUACUGGUCUUGCUGUGAGAGCUACCCUUGUCCUUUCCAUCCAGUGCCCACUUCCUUUCGUAGCAUUAAUCUUCCAAUCUGGGCCCCACCGAGUCUCAGGCUAGAGGGAGCCCUUACAGGAGGUGGCGAGCAGGGCAGGUGUUCCCAGAGGUCUGAGCCAGAACUGUACCAGUAGCUGCCAUGGUAUUUCCCUGUCACCACCAACUAUGCUGAAGCCCAAGGCCUCCCUCCAUAGCUGCUUUUAAAGGGUAAGAAGGGGCCAGGGCCGAGCUUCUGCCUUACCUAGGAUCCUGCCAGCUGGGAGAGUUUGACCCUCACUUAGCUGCUCCCAGUGGGUGGUCUUGGGCCACACUCUCCUCUUUCUGUAUGUGCCACCUUCAGUGUGAUACCAAGCCAAAGAGACCACUGUGUGCCAAGCUGACUGUGCCUUAUAUACCCCCUCCUCUGUCCCUGUUGCUCUGGGCAAGAGGGAAUAGAAGGGCCAAGCCCCACAGCCUCAGAAUUUCCUGCCACUUUCCCAAAUAUGUCUAGGGUCCUGAAGUCCUGGGAAUUUAUUUCCUCUCUUGCCCAGGGCAGACCUGGUCCUGAGAGUAGGACAAAGGAGUUUGGAGUAUUGGGCCUCCCUCUCACGGACCCUGGAUGGAGAAUGUGCAGUUAUUUAUUUUGUGUACUCAGUUUGUAAAUGUAUCCUCUGUAUUCAAUAAACAGGGUGCCCUCCCCAGGGAAGGCUGCCCAUUCAUUCCAACA